UGUUAGUGGGAAAUGACAUGGGUUACUGGUAACACCCCCCCCCCCCCAUCAUAAUCUUGCUCUUAACUGAUGGAGAUCUGAGAAGCCUCAGAGCCAAGGGGCUUAUUAGUGUCAUGGAAGAAACCCCCAGGAUAACACAGGGUUGCAAAAUUGGGCUCUUUCUUCACAUGAGCACUGCAACAGAAGCCUUUUGAUUGGGUUCUGCCUUGUGUUACACUGGUGUAAACCCAGAGCAAAUGUAUCAAACCAAAGCAAAUCAAGUUUUAGUGGUUCAAACCAGAGUUGAUUUUGUCCCAACUUUUACAAGUUAGAGCUACUUCUGGGAGGGUGAGUUUGGAAAUCUGAAUCUUACUUCAUUGAGAAUUAGAGGCUUAAGCACUUUUAAAGCCCUGGCUCUUCAGUGUUUGCUGUCAGAUUCAAGAGAACCCCUCCCCCCCUCAAACACCCAGGUCCAAGUGCCUGGACCUCAGACCACCCUCCAUCCCUAAGGCCCCUUAAAAGUACUUGCACACAAUGGCAUCUACUUCUUGGUUUGCUACUGGAGUUCCCCAGGAUUUAGGAAGCUUUGAUUCUACUUCUGUGCGUGGCCAGAACUGCCAUCUUGGCAGGAUGGAGCAGCACCACGCCCAUCACAUGGAAACCCAAGGCUCUGUAUCCCUGUGUCAGUCAUUCAUCUGGGAAAGGAAACCUUAGCUCCAACCUCUGCCCCAAGGACUGUUUUAAAGUAAAGCUCCAUUUAAAAUACUAAUUAGAGUGUUUAAUAAAGUCUAAUAAAGAGGCUGUAAAUACCAUUGGGCUAGAAAGGCACAUUAGUGCCCUUAAAAGCCCUCCUCCAUUCCUGUAUCUCCAGCCCAGAAGAAACCCACAGAUAAACUCCCUCCUGCUCCUAGAUUUCCAGCUUUCCACCAUGGGGAAGUUAUCAAGCCAACUGUUAUCCAGCUCAGGGAAGACCCCAGGUAAACCCCUCUACUGCUGUUGUUGCUUCCCCAACUCUUCAUUUCCUCUAGAAAUCCCUAUAGUGCUUUUCAAGGGCCCCAAUCAUCCUCUGUUUAGCUGCCCUGCUCCCUUAGACUUGCAAAUAUCUAGCUUUUUGCUCCCUCUUCCUAUUUGUUAGGCUCAUGCACUGCCCCUCCCUUCAGAUCCAGAUGGAUCACACCUGGGAAGUCAGAGGUCCUUUGCUUAAAAGUCAGUGCCCAGGAGAACAGCUGAUUUGGGUGAUUUCAGUAGUGUUUUCAGGGGGGGAAAAACUUGCUUUUUUUUUAAAUAAAUGAAUUGAAGACCUUUCUGAAGGAGAUGAGCUAAUACAAAAGAGUAUCUCAGAAAAAUGUUAGUGGCUGGGUAGGUUUAUGAAUGUGUGGCAAUGACUUGUGCUCUUUUCACAUCAGUCUCUGAGGAAAAGAAUAGUUCAAUGGUUAAAUCACAAUUUUAGGACUAGUGAGAGCUGGGUUCAGUACCUAGGAGAUGUAUUUGUUUGUAAGCCAGAGGCUUAAAGUUGUCCUAAACAGCAAAAUACUGUACAACCUAACUUGUAACAAUCACUUGUGCUGUUACUUGCUUUUCCGGGAAUUGGGGCUUGCUCGGCAGUAAGAGCCAAAGGGUUAAGACCUUUGGCUUCCACUCCUAGCAUUGCCCCUGUCUGAAUUUGCCCAGCAACCUUUUGUCUCUUGGCUCACCAUUUAGUAAUAAGAGUAUAACCAUACCUGCACGCCUCACAAGGAGAUGUGAGAUUCAGUUAAUACUUGGGAGAUUCUUGGAGGGACUCCUUUAUUCAGAAGUCUUCUCAUUAUAUGUAAAACAGGGCAGACUCCAGUCCAUGGCUUGAACCUUCAUGUGAAGAGUAUCCAUACUGUGCUGUCUGCCUCCAUGUUGAGGGGAGAAACUCAAACUGAAAUGUAUGCUACAGCAGCAAAGUGGAAACCUGUGAUGGAGUUGAGCACACCAUGGCUUGGUGUCUCACCGUGCUACAAGUACCAGUUCCAGAUGCUCAUAUAUAACAAAAUGUUAUUUCUUAAUGACUCGUGUGUGCUUUCUCUUGGCUAGGGACAGAAGUUGCACGCAAACUGGCAUAAGUGAUCAGAAACCAGUUCAAAUUUCUAACACGACAGAAGUUCAGUGCACAAACUGCUUUCAAAAUGGCUGAAACAGGUUAACCAUAAACCUGGAUGGAUGUAGUAUCAGACUUAACUGAUUCAGGUUAAAUCAGUUGAUUGAACUUCUGUUGCAGAUGCCCUCUGGAUUAAAGUAAAUUCACAGUCCCCAGCAUCCCAGGAUGCUUUGCAUCUCCCUUUGUAGGGUGGGUGGGCUAGCCUUGGCCCAAGCUGUCUGCUCCAGCCCAGCAGGGCGGCAUGCUCUAGCCCCCCCUGGCUUCUGGCCUGAGCCACUGCAGGCACGUGGCUGCAUUUCCAGAAUCGGCGAUGCAUGUCUGUUCACUUGCUUAUUGGUUCAGUCUAUACCCCAUAGACUAACCUGUGAAGAUUGAAUUGAUUCAGCCUCAGGAUUUUUGAUUGUACUUAACCUAAGUGGUCUUAAUAUAUUCAAUACCUUUAUGUUCUGGCAAUACUGUUCUCUGGCUCAUUCUUCACCAGAGAAAUAAGAAAAGCAAAAAAGGGAACAUAUUAGAAAUAUUCAUCACAUUGCUCUAUAACACAUGCAGGGUGGGGUUACUGUGGAAUAGCCUUGGUUUCCUUCAACAAUUAGUCUGUACGUAAUAGGUCAUUUGUCAUCCUCUGAAGGUCACACGUGUUGGCAUCUUACACCUGUGCUGUUGGGAUCUAUCAGGAGCCAGAACUAACACUUGUAUCUACUCUAUUGAUCCUCCUUCUUCUGUUGCCAAAUCAGCCUGGGUGCCAAAGGGAAUAAGGUUUGUAAGGAGGGCCCAAUCCUUUAAGCUACCAUAUUGGAGCUUUAGGAUUAUUGGUAUUUGCCAUGAAUUAGAGCAGCCUGAAAUCUAGUUAUGAACCAAAGGCAAGGGAGGAUGAGGACACCGUUGCUGAACCUUUCCUGGCAUGUUCUGUGUGCUCUCCACCCCACCAGUGCAUCCAGAUGGGUGUGAUUUUUUUUUUUUCCCCCACUCAUUUUUAUUAAUUUUGUUCAAUCAAAGUGUGCCCGGGCAUUCUCCUGGCCUCUGUGCAGCGUGCCUGUGACUGGUGCUCACUGCAUGCUUUCAGGGGUCCCUUCUAUUUCCUGGGAUGAGCCCAAGGGGAAGGGGCUGUGGUUCCCUGCCCUCCCCACCCCCAGCCCUGAGAGGGUUUAUCUCACUGGUGGCAUUUGGGGUGUCACCACCCUUGAAAAAUGGGCUCUGCUAUUUGUAUAUUUAAUUUUGCUUGUGUGUGUAGCUUGACAGCUGAUGUGUUGUCUUUAUUGCAGGUGUGUGGGUUCCAUGCUGAUAAGGGGACUUCCCUCUGUCAUAUAAACCAGCACGGAGCCCCAGGCAGGCAUCUUAUUGGAAGGAAAGAUGAGAAACGCGCUGCUGUUGAUCGGCUUGGCCGUUUUGCUGCAGUUGCAGCUGGGCUCUGCCUACAAACUUGUGUGCUACUUCACUAACUGGGCCCAGUAUAGGCCAGAACCUGCCAAGUACUUCCCAAACAAUGUGGACCCCCAUUUAUGCACCCACUUGAUGUACGCCUUUGCAACAAUGAAUGAAAAUAAGAUUGCACCCUAUGAAUGGAAUGAUGAGGACAGACUCUUUCCAGCAUUUCAAGCACUAAAGACAAGUAAUGACAAGCUGGUCACCCUGCUGGCCAUCGGCGGGUGGAACUUUGGCACUCAAAAGUUCACUCAAAUGGUGGCAUCACAAGCAAAUCGUAAGACCUUCAUUGACUCCGUGAUUGCGUACCUCCGCAAAUUUGGGUUUGAUGGGAUCGACUUGGAUUUCGAAUACCCAGGUUCCCGAGGCAGCCCCCCUGAAGACAAGCAUCGCUUCACCAUCUUGAUUCAAGAAAUGCUGGAUGCCUUCACAGCUGAAGCUGCAAGUGCCAACAAGCCACGUCUAUUGAUUACAGCAGCAGUAUCUGCUGGGAAAGCAACUAUUGAUGCUGGCUAUGAGAUUGCUGCGAUAGGGGGGCUCCUGGAUUUCAUCAGCGUGAUGACCUAUGAUUUCCAUGGAGGCUGGGAUCCAGUCACAGGACACAACAGUCCCUUGUAUGAAGGCUGCAAGGACCAGGGUGACUUCAAGUUUUUCAACUGCAAAUAUGCCAUGGAGUACUGGAAGAACAAUGGCGCUCCACCUGAGAAGCUCAUCAUGGGUUUCCCCACCUAUGGGCGCACCUUCAGGAUCAGUGGCACGGACCAUUGUGUUGGAGCUCCUGCAUCUGGGGCAGGCUCUUCUGGGCCCUACACCCGGGAAGCUGGCUUUUGGGCAUAUUAUGAGAUUUGCACCUUCCUGAAGACGGCUCAAGUACGUUGGAUGUGUGACCAGCAAGUCCCAUAUGCCUAUAAAGAUAAUGAGUGGGUUGGAUUUGACAAUCUUUGCAGCUACCGACACAAAGUCCAAUACUUGAAGGAAAACAAUUUUGGAGGAGCCAUGGUCUGGGCAAUUGACUUGGACGAUUUCCUGGGCACUUUCUGCAACGAAGGAAAAUAUCCUCUGAUAAGUGAGCUGAAGAGACUCCUUGAAACGAAUGAGCCAAUUGAUCUAAACUGCCAUAACGACAUCCCUGAUGAUGACUGCUGUUCAUGUGGCACUGCUCCACCUGUUUCACCUGAUCCACCUGUUUCACCUGAUCCAACUGAUCCUUCUUCACCUACAACAACACUUCCACCACCUACACCUGAGAAACCAACAGUCAAUCCUGGUGAUAAGACAUUUUGCAGUGAUAAACAAGAUGGCAUAUAUGCUGACCCUGAAGAUCAGGCAUCCUUCUACCAAUGUGCUGCAGGCACUUCUUACCAUUUCACCUGUGCAGGUAGCCUGGUCUAUGAUGAGAUCUGCAAGUGCUGCAACUAUCCCUAAUAUUAACACCAGCCCCCAAGGUUGCAACGUUGGUAACCUCACGAGUCCCUCUGGAAUCCCCCUAUCUUUAUAAAUAAAGCCAGCAGGCAGG